UGGCUCCCUCCUCCCGCGCCAGUCCCUGCCUCUCCCUGCCAGGGAGGGUAAGUCACGCCAAAGUGGGCGGAGAAUCCUCUGGCCUCUCUCCUUCGCUCGUCUGGGCGGUGGCGGCAACUGGGGACGGGGCGGGUGGCGCAUCGCGGGCGCAGAGGCAGGAGGAGCAGUCUCAUUGUUCCGGGAGCCUUCGCCACUGCAGGUCUCUGGGCUCUUUCGGCCCUGCCCCUUCAGUCCUCCCCAACCCCCACAACCGCCCGCGGCUCUGAGGAGAAGCGUCCCGUGGAGACAGCAGCUGCAGCAUCAUCUCCAACCCGCCAGCCAUGGAAGACAUGGACCAGUCACCUCUGGUCUCCUCGUCCUCGGACAGCCCGCCCCGGCCUCAGCCCCCCUUCAAGUACCAGUUCGUGAGGGAGCCCGAGGACGAGGAGGAAGACGAGGAGGAGGAAGACGAGGAGGAAGAAGACGAGGACUUGGAGGAGCUAGAGGUGCUGGAGAGGAAGCCCGCCACCGGGCUGUCGGCAGCCCCGGUGCCCACCGCCCCCGUCGCUGGCGCGCCCCUGCUGGACUUCGGCAGUGACUUCGUGCCCCCGGCGCCCCGGGGGCCACUGCCGGCCGCGCCCCCCGCCGCCCCGGAGCGGCCGCCGUCUUGGGACUCGAGCCCUGUGUCUCCUGCGGUGCCCGCGCCUUCCCUGCCCUCAGCUGCCGCAGCCUUGCCCUCCAAGCUCCCCGAGGACGAUGAGCCUCCGGCCCGGCCUCCCCCUCCUCCCCCGGCCAGCGUGAGUCCUCAGGCCGAGCCCGCGUGGACCCCACCCGCCCCGGCCCCCGCCGCACCCCCCUCCACCCCGGCCGCGCCCAAGCGCAGAGGCUCUUCAGGCUCAGUGGAUGAGACACUUUUUGCUCUUCCUGCUGCAUAUGAGCCUGUGAUACACUCCUCUGCAGAAAAAAUUAUGGACUUGAAGGAGCAGCCAGGUAACACUGUUUCCGCUGGUCAAGAGGAUUUUCCAUCUGUCCUGCUUGAAACUGCUGCUUCUCUUCCUUCUCUGUCUCCCCUCUCAGCUGCUUCUUUUAAAGAACAUGAAUAUCUUGGUAAUUUACCAGUAUCACGCACCGAAGAAACACUUCAAGAAACCUCAACUGAAGCUUCUAAAGAGUUCACAGAGAAGGCAAAAAAUCCAUUUGUAGACAGAGAUUUAGCCGAGUUUUCACAAUUGGAAUACUCAGAAAUGAGAUUAUCAUUCAGUGGCUCUCCAAAAGCAGAAUCUGCCAUAAUAGUAGCAAAUCCUAGGGAAGAGAAUGAAGAUGAGAAAGAAGAAUUAGUUAGUAAUAACAGCCUUUGUAAUCAACAAGAGUUACCCAUAGCCCUUACUAAUAAAUCAGUUAAAGAGGAGGGCAAAGUUAUGUCUCCAGAAAAAACAAAGGACAGUUUCAUUGAAAAGGGAAUUGCAGCAGAAGCUCCUAUGAGGGAAGAAUAUGCAGACUUCAAACCAUUUGAGCGAGUUUGGGAUGUAAAAGACACUCAUAAGCAAGAUAGUGAUGGAGGUAAUGUAGAGAGCAAGUUGGAGAGUAAAGCGGAUAAGAAAUGUUUUGCUGAUAGCCCUGAGCAAACAAAUCAUGAAAAAGAUAGUGAAAGCAGUAAUGAUGAUACUUCUUUUCCCAGUACACCAGAAGCUGUAAAAGAUGGUUCAGGAGCAUAUAUCACAUGUUCUCCUUUUAACCCAACAGCAACUGAAAACCUUUCAACAAACAUCUUUCCUUUGUUGGAAGAUCAUACUUCAGAAAAUAAGACAGAUGAAAAAAAGAUAGAAGAAAAAAAGGCCCAGAUUGUAACUGAGAAGAAUUUUAGUACCAAAACAUCAAACCCUUUCCUUGUAGCCACACAAGAUUCUGAGGCCGAUUAUGUCACAACAGACAGUGUGUCAAAGGUGACUGCGGAAGUAGUGGCGAACAUGGCUGAAGGUCUAACCCCAGACUUAGUACAGGAAGCGUGUGAAAGUGAAUUGAAUGAAGCUACAGGUACAAAGAUUGCUUUUGAAACAAAAAUGGACUUGGUUCAAACAUCAGAAGCCCUGCAGGAGACGCUCUACCCUGUGGCGUCUCAGCUUUGCCCAUCUUUUGAAGAAUCUGAAGCCACUCCUUCACCGGUGUUGCCUGACAUUGUUAUGGAAGCACCAUUAAAUUCUCAAGUUCCCGGUGCUGGUGCUGCUGCUCCUGCCUCGCAGCCCAGUUCAUCCCAGCUAGAAGCUCCUCCUUCUGCUAAGUAUGAAAGCAGAAAACCUGAGCCGGAAAAUCCCCCACCGUAUGAAGAGGCCAUGAAUGUAUCCCUAAAAAAUGUAUCAGGAAUAAAAGAAGAAAUGAAAGAACCUGAAAGUACUAACGUAGCUGUUCAAGAAACAGAAACUCCUUAUAUAUCUAUCGCAUGUGAUUUAAUUAAAGAAACAAAGCUCUCUACUGAACCAUCUUCCGAUUUCUCCGAUUACUCAGAAAUAGCAAAAGUUGCACAGCCAGCGGCUGAUCAUUCUGAGUUAGUUGAGGAUUCUUCACCUGAUUCCGAACCGGUGGACUUAUUUAGUGAUGAUUCAAUACCUGAAGUUCCACCAAAACAAGAUGAAGCUGUGAUACUUGCGAACGAACAUCUCACGGACGCUUCUCAGUCAGUGAUGGAACAUGAAACUAAGGAAAAACUCAGUGCUUCACGACCACCUGAAGGGGGAAAGCCAUAUUUGGAAUCUUUUCAGCCCAAUUUAGAUACCCCAAAAGAUGCCUUAUCUCCCGAAGUUUCCGCACUGGCCCAAAAGGAGAAAAUUCCUUUGCAGAUGAAGGAAAUCAGUACUGCAGUUUAUUCUGAUGAUGGCGUAUUUAUUGCUAAGGAAGCAAAAGUAAGGGAGAGUGAAACAUUUUCAGAUUCAUCUCCAAUUGAGAUUAUAGAUGAGUUCCCUACAUUUGUCAGUUCUAAAACUGAUUCUUCUCCUAAAUUAACCGGGGAAUAUACUGAUCUAGAAGUAUCCCACAAAUACGAGAUUGCUAAUGUCCAGGAUGAAGCUGGGUCAUUACCUGGCUCAGAGUUACCUCAUGACCUUUCUUUCAAGAAUGUACAACCUAAAAAGGAAGAUAAAGUCCAUGUCCCAGAUGAACCCUUCAAAGAUAGGUCUGAUAUUUCGAAGGUGCCCUUACUGCCUCCAGAUGUUUCUCCUUUGGCCACUCAAACAGAAAUAGGCAGUAUAGUCAAACCCACAGUUCUUGUGAAAGAAGCUGAGAAAAAAACCCCUUCUGAUACAGAGCAAGAGAACAGAUCACCAUCUGCUAUAUUUUCAGCAGAGCUGAGUAAAACUUCAGUUGUUGACCUCCUCUACUGGAGAGACAUUAAGAAGACUGGAGUAGUGUUUGGUGCCAGCUUAUUCCUGCUGCUUUCACUGACAGUAUUCAGCAUUGUGAGCGUAACUGCCUACAUUGUCUUGGCCCUGCUCUCUGUGACUAUCAGCUUUAGGAUAUAUAAGGGUGUGAUCCAAGCUAUCCAGAAAUCAGAUGAAGGCCACCCAUUCAGGGCAUAUUUGGAAUCUGAAGUCGCCAUAUCUGAGGAGUUGGUUCAGAAAUACAGUAAUUCUGCUCUUGGUCAUGUGAACUGCACGAUAAAGGAACUCAGACGCCUCUUUUUAGUUGAUGAUUUAGUUGAUUCUCUGAAGUUUGCAGCAUUGAUGUGGGUAUUUACCUAUGUUGGUGCCUUGUUCAAUGGUCUGACACUACUGAUUUUGGCUCUAAUUUCACUCUUCAGCGUUCCUGUUAUUUAUGAACGGCAUCAGGCGCAGAUAGAUCAUUAUCUAGGACUUGCAAAUAAGAGUGUUAAAGAUGCUAUGGCUAAAAUCCAAGCAAAAAUCCCUGGAUUGAAACGCAAAGCUGAAUGAAAAAGCCAGAGAUCAUAAACACUAGGGGUUUGAAAGGGGAUAUUCAUUCGAUUACAUGGGGGAGGGUCAGGGAAGAAGGAAACCUUGACAUUGCAGCUUCACAGAUCUUUAUUUUUAGCAAUGCGGUGUCUGAGGAAAAAUUACCUGUCUUGACUGCCAUGUGUUCAUCAUCUUAAGUAUUGUAAGCUGCUAUGUAUGGAAUUAAUUAAACCGUAAUAUUUGUUUUUCCUAUUUGAGGCACUGGUGAAUAAAAAAGAUCUGAGAAAGCUGUAUGUUACACUCUGUGGCAGGUAGUCUUGCUGUUGUUUUUUGGGGGGGAGGGGGUCGCAGAGAAAGUGGAGCUGAAAAAAAUAAUCCUUCUCACAGUUUGUGCACUGUGUAUGGUCUGUGUAGAUUGAUGCAGAUUUUCUGAAAUGAAACGUUUAGACGAGAUCAUACCACUAAAGCAAGAGUGAAAAAGCUUGCCUUCCUGGUAUGUUCUAGGUGUAUUGUGAAUUUUACUGUUAUAUUAAUUGCCAAUAUAAGUAAAUAUAGAUUAUAUAUAUAUCUAUAUAUAGUGUUUCACAAAGCUUAGACCCUCCCCUCCGGCUGCCGCACAGUGCGCGGUAUCUCAGAGAGUCCCCGGUUACAUGUGUAUAGUUCCAAAGCACAUAAGCUAGAAACAGAAAAUCCAUUUCUAGGAGCACUACCAUCUGUUUUCAACAUGAAGCAAUGCCAUGCACAUAGUAAACUUCACCGCACAGACUUCCUGUAGUUCAUUUUGUGAUAAACUCGGAAUCUCCGGACUGAAUCUAAUGCUUCCAAAAACGUUGUUUGCAAAUAUCAAAACUUGUUAUGCAAAAAAUUAUAAAAUGAAGAUUUAUACAUUUGUGGUUUAAGCUGUACUGAAUCUGUGGAAUGCCUUGUGAACUGUAAAAGCAAAGUAUCAAUAAAGCUUAUAGACUUAAA